AUGGAAUUAGUUUUCGGAUUCGACGAGACCUUUGCCAAAAUCGCUGCGAUCUACAGCACAGCAUUCGCCGUCUCUCCUAACCUGAACAAUAUUUCGAUCGGCGCGCCGCUGCAGUCGAGCGAUGUACCGCCAGAUAAGGAUGUGAAACUCAAGAUUGCUCCGCAGGGCCUUGACUUGACUCACAUUGGCCUCGAGCACGAUGCGUCCCCUACGCGCUUAGACAAAUACGAGAUGGGUUCGAAUGGGAACAACUACGAUCUAUCGCUGCCGUUGUUCCAGCAACUUCUCGAUCGGCAGGAAGGGAUAGCUGACCACAAAGUCAACUUCAACAUCAGGGUUCUAGCACACCACCGCUACCAGCGCAUCCAAGACAGUAUACGCAACAAUCCCAAGUUCUUCUUCCAACCCUUCAACGGUUGUUUCUUCCAAGGUAACAACCAUGCGGUCAUCUACCGCGCAUUCGCGAACUACAGCGUAGAUCACCCUCUGGGGCGUCUCGAUCGCCGUAGCCUAAUGUCGUUCUAUGGGGUUCGGAAAGAUGGGUACAAUCUCAAGUACGAUAAAGGUGGAGAGUGCAUUCCUGACAUUUGGUAUCGACGUCCGCUCGAUGAUCUUUACGACCUCAGGAAAUCCAACGACGACCUUCUUGAGAUGGCCCAGUAUCAUCCUGACUUCGUGGAUCAGUACUGCGCGGGAGGUGCGUUUGCGGAGCAGAAGUACGCCGCCAUCGACAUUGACAAGCUCACAAAUGGUACGUACAAGACAAGUACGCUGAGAGACGGGUACAAUCUUUCAUGUGCGGGAUUCAUUACAAGUAUGCAAACAGCACCGUAUUGGCUGUUGAGGUACUACGACGACUUUGGGAAGACGGUCGUGCCCCGGCUGUUGGCCAAGCUUCCGCCGCUGAUUGCGGGUUUAGGGUGUCCGAAGUUGAAUGGGACGCUGGAUCGGAGGGCCUUCGAGGCAUUCGCGGGAUUCAAUGAGAGCUUGACUGUACCGUAG